AUCGUGAGUUCAAUGAAGAAUUUAAGGACGUCGGUUUAGUGACAGGUGAUGUAACUUUAAACCCAAGUGCUUCAUGUCUUAUAAUGACAACAGAGGGGCAGUCAACCGUAUCUCGAAAAGUAAUUCAUCAUUCGUUGCGUUUUGGAAAAACUUUGGGCUGCCAGAGGGGAGUAAUUGGAUUCUUUAAUCUUAGGUUCCAUUUUGGAGAAUUAUUCUUAUAUUGUAGAUAACUAAAAUGAACACCAUAUUGAAGUUGGGACAUUUUUUUUUCAUGGUGGGGUCAAAAGAGCUCUUUUGCCAUCAAUACCUCUUUCAUGACCUAUAAUAUCAGUAAAAGAAUUAAAAACAAAAUAUCCUCAUCUUUGGCAAUUUUCAGGAUAGCUACAGGAGGUUUUGAAAAUAUAUCAAAAUUAUCAUUUUACCAAAGUAUUUUAUGCAUUUUAAAAAUUUCAAAUUUCUUGUGGACAGAUGGGCAAUAUUCAGUCAUAUUAAAUGAGUAUUCAUUAUUAUUGACAUUUUAAAUAUAAUUGGUGUAAUUUAACAGUAAAUUUAUAUAUAUUUUUCCAAAAUAGACUAUAAUGAGUAUUUACAGGUAUAGGUAUAGUGAUAAUAUUUCCAAAAAUUUUGAUUGCUAUUACUGAUAUUUAUAGUGAUAUUGCAAAACGCCCUCUAUCGCUCUAAAAGAACCCUUUUCAACCACUCCAAAUGAGUUCCGCCAUUCUCAAGUUAUUUCAUUUAUUUCGGAAAAUGUUCGAACGCCUUCCACUACUUUUCUUUGAUCAUUUUGAUCAUUUAACGACAAAGAAUUUAAUAUAUCUGAGCUUUACAACUGUGUCCAUUUUAGCUGUCUGUAUUCUAAGAUUAUUUCUCAAAAAAAAAAGAUUUAAAAUUCAGUAAUGAAUUUACGUCGACUGGCGGUCAUUUUAGAAACUUAAAAAUAAUUUCCAAUGUUUUUUCUUCGCCGCUUUAGUUUAUUUUUGGAGAUUUGACCGAGCGUCCUUUAUAAUUGGCCACCCUGUAUUUAUUACAAUACAAUUAUUAUUUUUACAGUUAUAGCAUUAACAGCCAAUUUUUAGAUUUUGCGAAAUAUGCUUUAUCGUGGUUCCGAAGUCAUGCGUGAAGUAGGCUGGGUUAUAUUUGAUGAGAUUCACUAUAUGAGGGAUAAAGAAAGAGGGGUAGUUUGGGAAGAAACUUUGAUUUUACUCCCCCAUAAUGUCCAUUUUGUAUUUUUAUCGGCUACCAUUCUUAAUGCUAGGCAAUUUGCUGAGUGGGUUGCAUAUUUGCACCAACAGCCGUGCCAUGUUGUAUAUACAGAUUAUAGACCAACUCCUCUAGAGCACUAUAUUUAUCCUGCUGGAGCAGAAGGAAUCCAUUUAUUGGUUGACGAGUCAGGUGCAUUUAGAGAAAAUAAUUUUAAUAAUGCCAUGGCCAUUUUGCAAAAUUUAGGUGACAAUCAAAAAUAUAGUAAAAAGACAAAAAGACAUGGUACUGAAAGUGAUGGGAGUCAUUCUAGCAUCUUUAAACUUGUUAAUAUGAUAAUGGUUAACGAUCUAGAGCCGGUGAUUAUUUUCAGUUUUAGUAAAAAAGAUUGUGAAGUUUUUGCUAUGCAUAUGACCAAGAUGGACUUUAAUGAAAGGGCUGAAAAGCAAUUAGUAGAUACAGUGAUUAAUAAUGCUUUAUCUAUUCUCUCCGAAGAAGAUCGCCACCUACCUCAGGUUGAAAGUACAUUACCUCUAUUGAGACGAGGCAUUGGGAUUCAUCACGGUGGUCUUUUGCCGAUUUUAAAAGAAACUACUGAAAUUCUUUUUGGAGAAGGUUUGAUUAAAGUCUUGUUUGCCACUGAAACUUUUGCUAUGGGAUUGAACAUGCCCGCCAGAACUGUAUUGUUUACAGGAAUAAAAAAAUUUGAUGGUCACAAUCAUAGAUGGAUGACUUCUGGAGAAUAUAUCCAAAUGACUGGACGAGCCGGUAGGAGAGGUCGCGAUAAAAAGGGUACAGCAAUUUUGAUGGUUGAUGAGAAAAUCCGAGCUUCAGUUGUUAGAGACCUUGUUCAAGGGUUGUCCGAUCCACUUAAUUCGGCAUUUCAUUUAACUUACAACAUGGUAUUAAAUCAUCUUAGGGUUGAGGAGAUCAAUCCAGAAUACAUGUUGGAAAGAUCUUUUUAUCAGUUUCAGAACGAGGCUAGUAUUCCGGGCCUACAUGAUGAUUUUUGCAAAACUUUGGAAAAAUACAACUCUUUUAAAAUAGACAGGGAGGAUCAAAUUGCUUCUUACUAUGAUAUUAAAGAAGCGCUGGAUGUUCUGUUAGCUGAAUUUCGUAUUUAUUUGACAAAACCUCAGUACCUGGUUCGAUUUUUACAGCCUGGUCGUCUGGUUAAGGUUAAGACUGAUGAGUGGGAAUACAAUUGGGGUGUAAUUGCGAACUUUAAGAAAGUGGAGGAAACCCAAGAAACUAAGGCCGGCGUUAGGCAAGAUGCAAGUGUGCAAAUGGAUGUUUUGUUACAUGUAAUUGUAGAUUCAACAGACAAGAGUAUGGCUCCCAAACCGUGCAUGUGGCAAGAUCUUAAUUGUCCCUGUUCAGAAGAGCUUCAGCUGGUUUCCUUGGAUUCAAAAUUCAUCACUGAGAUAUCAUCUGUACGUUUACCAUAUGCAGACGAUGUGGAAUUUAGGGAUGGUCGGAAAAAGAUGUAUAAAAGUUUAAAAUUUGUCAAGGAUCACUUCAAAGGAAAGCCGCCACUGCUUAAACCUAUCGAGGACAUGAAAAUACAAGAACCCAGAUUUUUGGAAAUCGUUAAGAAGAUGGAAACCUUAGAGAACAAAUUGAAGAAACAUCCACUGUGUGCGGAUCCGAUGUUGGAAUCGGAAUUGGAAAAAUAUGCGCAGAAGGUGGUUUGCGAUAGGGAAUUGGCAGUAGCUAAACAGAAGUUAACAAAUGCCAAAUCUGUCUUACAUCUUGAUGAGCUCAAAAAUAGGAAGAAGGUGUUAAGGAGAUUGGGCUACUGUACGGAAACUGAUGUUAUUCAAUUGAAAGGCAGAGUAGCGUGCGAGUUGAGCAGCGCUGACGAGAUAUUAUUAACUGAGAUGAUAUAUGACGGUCUAUUUGGUAAGUUGUCUUCUCAACAAAUAUGCGCUCUACUUAGCUGUUUAGUGUGUGACGAACGCACCAAUGAAACUCAAAAGUUAUCCGAGGAAUUAUCUGGUCCCCUUAGACAGAUGCAGGAUUUGGCAAGGAGAAUCGCAAAGGUUAGUAAGGAAUCUGGUUUGCCUUUAGACGAGGAGAUAUAUGUGGAACAAUUCAAGCCAUAUUUAAUGAAUGUGGUGUUUGCUUGGUGUAGCGGCUCGUCCUUUGCCGAGUUAUGCAAAAUGACCGAUAUAUUCGAAGGUUCCAUCAUAAGAUGCAUAAGACGUUUAGAGGAACUUUUAAGGCAGAUGGUACAGGCCUGUAAAAUUAUAGGUAAUACUGAUCUGGAAGCGAUGUUCGAUAAGUCUAUAAUACUUAUUAAGAGGGAUAUAAUAUUUUCGGCAAGUUUGUAUUUGUAAUAUGUUGUUUGUUGCUGUUUUUGUUAAAUAAAGUUUUUUUUUAA